AUGGCGACACUCCGGGUUUCGGCGUCGGCAUUGUCGCGAAGAGCCCUCGCGGUGGCUCGCCCACAGAUUCAAGUGGCUAAAUAUCACAGGCCCAGUACGCGGCUGUUACUGAAAGCGAAAGCGACUGGGUAUCCUAGAUACUCGACCGCCGUGUACCAACCUACGCGUGCGCCCAAAGUCGAUCGCAGUGCCUCGAAACUAUUCAAAAAUGCCGACGAAGCCGUCGCCGAUAUCCAGAGCGGAUCAACGAUCCUGAGUUCCGGGUUUGGUCUCUGUGGUGUUGCAGAAACGCUGAUCUCGGCCAUGCAUCGCCGUGGAGCCGAGAAUCUUCAUUCCUUGACUGCGGUGUCCAACAAUGCCGGUGCCCCCGGGAAAGGUGGACUUUCUACCCUGACACAAGCGGGCCAAGUCAAUCAAUUGAUUCUGUCCUACCUUGGAAACAAUAAAGCGCUUGAGAAGAAGUAUUUAACGGGCAAUAUCGCCAUUGAACUGUGCCCUCAGGGCACCCUGGCGGAAAGACUGCGGGCAGCAGGAGCCGGCAUUCCUGCUUUCUUCACUCCUACGGGCGCGCAUGGUCAAAUUCCUGUCCGGCUAGAUGAGUCCGGCAAGGUGAUCGAAAACGGCAAUCCCCGCGAAACUCGCGUGUUCAAUGGCAAGACAUAUUUGAUGGAGAAAGCACUGCCCGGCGACGUGGCCAUCAUUCGGGCAUGGAAGGCCGACGAGGCAGGCAACUGUGUAUUCCGCUACACUACCAAGGCAUUUGGCCCAAUCAUGGCAAAAGCAGCAACUUUGACCAUAGUGGAGGCCGAGAACAUUGUCCCGCUCGGCUCUAUAGAUCCUAAUGACGUCGACUUGCCGGGAAUCUUCGUGGACAGAAUUGUGCCCGCUACUGACGACAAACACAUUGAAAUCAAGAAGUUGCGAUCGGCGGACGACGAGAGUAUCACCAAGACGGCGAAGGAUGCCGCGACGGCCCAGAGAAACCUCAUUGCUAGGAGAGCUGCAAAGGAGCUCAAGCAGGGCUACUACGUGAACCUGGGCGUCGGAAUUCCCACGCUGGCCCCAUCCUUCCUACCCGAAGGCCGCAAGGUCUGGAUUCAAUCGGAGAACGGUAUUCUAGGCAUGGGACCCUACCCGACGGAGGACGAAGUCGAUGCGGAUAUUAUCAAUGCCGGUAAAGAGACCGUUACCCUUGUUCCGGGCGCCGCAACAUUCGAUAGCACUGAGUCAUUCGGCAUGAUUCGCGGCGGACACGUAGACGUGUCUAUUCUUGGGGCGUUGCAAGUCAGUGCCACCGGAGACCUGGCCAACUACAUGAUUCCCGGAAAGGUUUUCAAGGGAAUGGGAGGAGCCAUGGAUCUGAUCUCGAAUCCCGACAAGACCAAGAUCGUGGUGGCCACCAGCCAUACCGCUAAGGACGGUUCCUCUAAGAUUGUGUCCGAGUGUGGCUUGCCUUUGACGGGCGCCAAAUGCGUGAGCACGAUCAUCACAGAUUUGUGUGUAUUCCAGGUGGACCGGACCAAGGGCGAACUGCUAUUGACCGAGCUCGCCCCCGGGGUGAAGGUUGAAGAAGUCCGGAGCAAGACCGAAGCCCCAUUCACCGUUGCCGAGAACCUCGAGCUCAUGGAGUAG